AUGUGGAGAACGAGGAACAAGUGUGGAGAGCGUGGAACAGGUGUGGAGAGCGAUGAACAGGUGUGGAGAGCGAGGAAUAGGUGUGGAGAGCGAGGAACAGGUGUAGAGAGCGAGGAACAAGUGUGGAGAGCGAGAAACGGGUGUAGAGAGCGAGAAACGGGUGUGGAGAGCGAGAAACGGGUGUGGAGAGCGAGGAACAGGUGUGGAGAGCGAGGAACAGGUGUGGAGAGCGAGGAACAGGUGUGGAGAGCGAGGAACAGGUGUGGAGAGCGAGGAACAGGUGUGGAGAGCGAGGAACAGGUGUGGAGAGCGAGGAACAGGUGUGGAGAGCGAGGAACAGGUGUGGAGAGCGAGGAACAGGUGUGGAGAGCGAGGAACAGGUGUGGAGAGCGAGGAACAGGUGUGGAGAGCGAGGAACAGGUGUGGAGAGCGAGGAACAGGUGUGGAGAGCGAGGAACAGGUGUGGAGAGCGAGGAACAGGUGUGGAGAGCGAGGAACAGGUGUGGAGAGCGAGGAACAGGUGUGGAGAGCGAGGAACAGGUGUGGAGAGCGAGGAACAGGUGUGGAGAGCGAGGAACAGGUGUGGAGAGCGAGGAACAGGUGUGGAGAGCGAGGAACAGGUGUGGAGAGCGUGGAACAGGUGUGGAGAGCGUGGAACAGGUGUGGAGAGCGUGGAACAGGUGUGGAGAGCGUGGAACAGGUGUGGAGAGCGUGGAACAGGUGUGGAGAGCGUGGAACAGGUGUGGAGAGCGUGGAACAGGUGUGGAGAGCGUGGAACAGGUGUGGAGACCGUGGAACAGGUGUGGAGAGCGAGGAACAGGUGUGGAGAGCGAGGAACAGGUGUGGAGAGCGAGGAACAGGUGUGGAGAGCGAGGAACAGGUGUGGAGAGCGUGGAACAGGUGUGGAGAGCGUGGAACAGGUGUGGAGAGCGUGGAACAGGUGUGGAAAGCGAGGGGCAGGUGAGGAGAGCGAAGGGCAGGUGA